CCCAUUUCGGCAGUCAUGCUGUAGUCGCUUUCGAGUGUACAGUAUGUCACUCUGUGCGCGUUCCGACUCAGUGGAUUACUGUAAAUGACUUCUCGCUUUUUUCGCUCUCGUCGUGCCAGAAUGCCAUCGUAGUUGCUUCGCAUUUCCGAGUGUUUAUUUUUCGCGCCUGACAUUCAAUCACCGGUGUGUUUCGUUGUCGCGCUCCUCCGAUCGCGAUCCUGCGCAUUGUUUGUUUGUUUUUUUCUCCUACCCGUGUUGAUAUUUUGAGUUCCACGCCGCCGGUGCCAGCAGUGUUUUGAAGUGUGUUUUCAAUUGUGCCGUGCUUGUCCGAAUGGAGUCGGGAACAAGUGAUACCGCGAAUAGUGACCGAUCCAGUUAGCAAUGGCUCAGACCAGCCAGCCGCCAUCCCAGCAGCACCCGCACCAAUGCAACCCUUGCAAUUUAGUUUUCGACAGUUUGAAGUCCCUCGAAGUGCACCACACGUACAAUCACUCGAAAAAUUCCUCCGAGUACCCUUUCAAUCGUUCGCCGGCUUAUCCGGGCUAUGUCCUGGGUCCCGGUGCCGACUUUCCGGUGAUCCCCCCCGCGAGUUCGCCGCACAGUCCGCAACCGAAUCAGCCCCAUCAAAACCAGUCGUAUCGUUAUCACCCUUAUAAUAACUAUCCGCCCGAGUCGCCUCGGAAUAAUGUUUCCUCGUCUAGUCCCGGUGUCAAUAAUCAACCCCGCGCGCGGGGGUUCAUGUGCGACCGGUGCAAUUUCAUCGCCGAUUCGCAGCAGCGGCUCCUGGAGCACUUGUCGGUGGCGCACGCCAAGUCGCCGACCUCCAACUUCCCGUUCAACGACUGCUUCCCUCCGCCGGCCGCCAAACCACCCGGCUCCGGCGAGGAGAUCCUCGACCUGGACUCGCAGAAAGUGCACGUCUACAACCCGGCCUUGGGAGAGCCCAACGAGGAGAAUGGUAUCAACGGCCGGAACCACUCGGUCAACGCGAUGGUGUCCUCCUGGGUCAACAACUCCCACCCGGAGAAGAAGUACUACCAAAUGAGCCACCACAACGGGAACCUCCCUUCGCCGGACUUCCCGAGCGUCUCGUCGACGACCAUCUCGCCGCCGACUUCGGAGAGCAUGCAGCAGAUGCAGUCGUUGAACUCGUACCAGCCAUACGAGCAGAACCAGCAGCUACCGUCGCAGAUCUCCUCUUCCCAGACCGUGCCUAACCUCCCGACCCCGGUGCCGAACGGGAAGAGCGGGAAAUCCUCCGGCGGGUCGUGGAAGUCGAACGAGGCCCGCAGGCCCAAGACCUACAACUGCUCAGCGUGUAAUAAGUGGUUCACCAGUUCCGGACAUCUCAAGCGCCACUACAACACGACCCUCCACAAGAACGCCGUGAAGCAGUCGAACCAGCCGGACCCGGCAGUUCUUCCGAUCAGCGUCCAUCACCAUCCGCAGAAGGAUCCCACGUUCGCGGCCGGUCUUCAGGGAUCAGCUCCGAGCCCCCCGCCCCCCUCCUCCAGGUCCACCAACGAGGAGGGCGGCUCGACGCCGGCGCCUCUUCAUUCGACGAAAACCGAGUGUGAGUCACCUAUACCUAUCAAUAAUGCUAAUAAUUCUAGGAAUGUAACUUCGCCAACUAAUUACAAUAAUUACCCCAAUUUUUUAUCGAAUUCCCCAAACUUGAUGGCAGGCCCUUCGGAACACCAAUCGGGGGGCCUGCUUUUGAGUCACCCUCACCUACCUCAAAUCAAUUCCCACCUGCCCCCCAUGAGCCCCCAUCUGCCCCCUUCCAUCAAUUCUCAUCUGCCCCCCAUCAAUUCCCACCUCUCUUCAAUCAGUCCGCACCAGUAUCCUCCGCACCCCCCUCAGUACCAUCCAACUUCCAAUAUCCAUCUUAUCCAGUCAACUUCCCCGGCGGCGGCUAUGCCAACUCCGCAGUUCAUGGCUUUGGCACCUUCCCAGGGUAUCCCCCCCUCCGGCUCCCCCGGGGGCAUGGCGAUGAAUUACCCAAACUUGCAGCCCCCCCACGUCUCUUCCACCCAAGCAAUUACCACCAACAGCAAUUUUGGUAAUUCCAAUUCCGAGGGAGUUCAACCCUACCAAAGCGGUGAGCACCCGAACGAUGCGUAUUACCCAGCUCACGGUUUCGGACAUUUUCAAAAUGUUGCGUUCAACCAAAUUGUAGAGCCUGACUACUACAAUUCUUCUCAGGGUAUCGAAGACGUGGGGGGGCAGGUGAGACCUCUGUCGGCCGAGAGCAAGGCCCAGAGCCCUCAUAACGAAUCCUAUUCUAUGGAAACUUUCACCAAGAUCGGUAACAGUCCCACCAGCAACGGCGUUGGCGCCGAUUCGCGUUCCGACAGCGGCCUGGAAACAUCUCCGAGUCCUUUGGAUCCUUUGGACAUAAAGAAAGAAUACGCCUACCUAAGCAAUUAUGAAGAGAGUAAACCUGACGUAAAGAAAGAAUACGCCUACCUAAGCAAUUACGAGGAGAGCAAACUUGACAUAAAGAAAGAAUACGCUUACCCAAGCAAUUAUGAAGAGAGUAAACCUGAGAUUAUUACCGGUGAUUUUGAUGUAAAUAGAGUAAAAAAAGAGAAUAAUAUUGGUUUUUUAAUAAAUACAGAGCCCCCUCAAUUUUCUGAUAACGUAGCCGACUCGUCGCAAAGAAAAGUAAAGCCCAAACCGCCUGUCAAAAAGAGAAACACAUCGAUUAAAGAUUUCGACGAGAAAAACCAGGUUUCCAGUUCUUUAGACUCCUUUCCCCGAGCUGGUGCGGACUCUCCUAAAGUAGAGAAUAAAGUAAUUCACAGGUGUGACGAGUGCGACAAAAUUUUUAAUAGGUCCUGUUAUUUGACGCAGCACAACAAGUCCUUUCAUUCGGGCGUCGAAAAACCCUACAAAUGCUACCGGUGUGGCAAGCGUUUCGUGGCCGAGUCCUUGCACAGAGAGCAUUUCAGCAAACACGGGGGGGAUAAGCCUUUCAAGUGUGACAUGUGCCCCAAACAGUUCAAUCAUAAGACCGAUCUUCGCCGGCACAUGUGCCUCCAUUCCGGCGAAAAACCCUUUAGCUGUGACGUUUGCGGUAAGGGCUUCAUCCGCAAAGAUCACAUGCUCAAGCACACUGAAACGCACCGACGAAAAUACAAAGAACCACCCGUUUUUAGCUCCACGCCGCCGAAAAUUCUCAGCUGAGAGUUGGAGCACUUUUUGACUCUAGUGAAUUUUUCCCUGUAUCUCUUCCUUUUUGUUAUGUCCCUUACGCAAUACUCAAAUGUCCGAAAAGCAAUUUUGUGUACUCAACUGCGCGUCGUUUAUUUCACAGUGAUAUUGUUUUAGAGGAAAUUACAUGCUUUUUAUCAUUGAGAACCAACUUGGAUUGAUAAUGAGCGUUUCACGCACAUCAAUAAUCGCAUGGUAUCUGAAAUUAACAGUACUUAAAAAGUGAAAGAAAAAAAGCCUCGAACCAUCAGAAUGGAGCCCUUUUCCUUCGCUAAAAUUGUUUGCAAAAAUUGACACUAAUAUUUUGGACGUGCAACUUUUUAAAGCGGUAGAAAUGUUUUUUCUGAUUUUUUUCCUUUGCUCAAUUCCUGCACUUUUAUUUUUAUCAGCUAAUCGCAAGUUAGCCAUGUAAAUUGACAUCCUAAGAUUAAUACCUGUCAAAAUUAUAAUAGGUAUAAAUACAGUAAGAGUACCUAUGAAUCAUUUUCUAUUUUCACUUUUCUUAGUGUGGAUAGGUUGCUUUGACUCAAAUAUUUUAGGUACCUGCCACUGAAACAAGGUCCUGCAGUGGGUGAAUCACAGCUCAGAGUUCUCAUGGUUCAGGAUUUUUUUUUAUUCAUGUACCUACUUAAAACAAAACAAAAUACGUCAAAUAUUUGUAAGUAUAUUUGUUUUGGAAACUUAUUUUUGAAUUUGAAAUGUGUGAAUGCUUCCGAAAUCUGGAUAAGAGUUUGUUUUUUUCUUUUCAGAACAAGGUUUUGUUUAAAAUCGUAUACGUGAUUUCAUCAGCUUUAGGCACUCUCUUUUAAAAUACAGAUUCAGAAACGCAUUUACUAUGUUAGAGACCGCAUUGAAAAUUAUCAGCUUUUUGUUAAAGUUCAAGAAAAUCUUCGACUUAGUCAGUCACUUGUUGAAUCCAAGCCGAGUUCCUAACCAACUGAACUGAAUUGAACGUAUUUAUGCUAAAAAGAAGUACGCGCAUAGGUUUUGCGUGCAGCAUAGUUUUUUUUAGCAUAAGUACGUCCAGUUGGACGUAUUUAUGCUGAACGGAACUACGUCUCAUGCAAACCCUAUGCACAUAGUUUCAUUUAGCAUAAAUGCGUCCAGUUUAACAGAAAGGAGCCAAGUUUUGGGUAUAUUUCAAAAUCAGUGUCCUCAAUGUAUAGUUCAAUCUGUUCAAUCAGAUUUUCGAUUUAUAACCUAGAACUUAGUUUCUUUUUGCUAAAUUCAGUCCAACUACAAGUCGCUGUAAGUUAUCGUCUAAUUACGUUGGGGCGUUUCAAAGUUUCUGCAGAUAUGAUGUUUGUACAUCAAAUUCAUCGAUUCGUCUCGCUAGGCGAGGAAUAUUUUCAAGGAACAAGGAAAUUGCCCGAGACCUCUUCAUAAAAAGCACGUUCACUCAGUAAAAAACGAAACAGAAUGUCUGUAGAAAUUGAGGCAUUUUUCGGUGAAAGGGCGUAUGAGGUCUGCAAUGCUGCCAAGAUUGUGAAAUUUUUCAUGGCGUUUGCGGCAAAUGAAAUUCAUUCGCCGUCGACCUUCUUCCUUGCAAUAGUGAUGAUGAAAAACUCUGAGCAGAUUCAUAGAAAAAGUCGUAGAAGAACUGUCGGAUAAGUUACUUACAACUAGAGAACUACGUUGCACAAUCUUAGCAGCAUUGGAAGUCUCAUACGCCCUUUUACCGAAAAAUACCUCAAUUUUUAAAAGCUCCAACAGCGUUACAUUACUUUGCUUUCAGGUAUUGAUAUUAUUCUGCGAAUAAAAAGGCGUAAGUCCAUUUUCACGUGAGUCUCGAAAUGAGCAGAAUUUUAAAGGCGACAGAGACUUAAUUAGCGUGUGUUUACGGUUUUUUUGCGAGAGAAAUGGCAAGUCCUACGUUUUGGGCCAUGUGAAAACCAUAAAUGCGUGGUUUCUAGGCUAGUUGAACCAUCAUCGCACCAAGUGUGAGAAACUAAAGUGGCUAUUACAUCUCUACUUGUAUUCUUUCAAAAUGACAUACUGCAAGGUCCAAGAUUUUUUUUGUGUAGUUUUUUGUGAUAUUGUUUUUGGCGUUCUCUGUUACCGUUAGGUAUUUUUUCGCCAAUUGCUGCAUUUAUGGCGAGAAAAAAUCGUUUGAGCAAAACAUUUUUUUACGCACUUAUAACCGCGGAACAAACGAACUCACGGUCGCUCAUCUGAAAGUAUUGCCUCGCCUUGCCCCCCCCCUGCCCCUCGCCAGCGUAAUGCUACCUUAUGGUAUCUAGAAAGUCUUAUAGCAUUGCAGCAUUGUGAGUUCGAAGUCUUUGAGGAGAAUUUUAGACGAUAUUCAGGGAAUUUUUUUUAACACUUGGUUGACUUACUUCCAUUUGCUGCAGAAAUGCUUUUGCCCGAUUAGCAGCGAUGUUUGGCUGAAAACACGAAAUAUUCCUCAUUUAUUUCAUUUUUAUAACGAAUCAGUUGUUCUCCAAAAAGCAAAACUCCCUUUUCUGUAUAGGCACUCAAGUGCAUUAAAAUACAUGCAAAUUAGAGCUCACCUGAAAAGUGACUCUUUCUCUAUUUGAUUCAAUUGAUUCAAAUGAAACUCCCACCAAAAUUUUGAACCUUUCUAUUAGAGAUGGUCCACAUUUGCUGCCAGUCGCCCUCCCCCCCUCCCUCCCACCCAAUCAGUAUCCAAAAUUUAGCAACUUUCCUCACUCUUUGUGAUCACGAGAGGUUCGAGAUAAUCCCUCUACCAACUUAAAGUUCUUUUUGCCUUAGUAUUCAAUUACCCACACCAUUUCUCUGUCCUACGUGACUUGCAUGUUUACAUAUUCCUCGAACGUGAAAAGCGCGAUUUUUUCUACUAUUCACGUGCUUAUGACCCAGAAAAAUGUGAAUACUCGAAUGAUUUUAUCUCAGCCUUCGAAACCUUUUUAUUAAUAUCCAUAUUAAUUUCUUUUUAUAUGUGAUUUGUUUGCCAGUUCGCCUACAUGUAAACUAAUUCUUCUUCGAUAGUUCUUACUUCAUAAUCAAAAUUACUUAAUUUGUAACGGACUGUUUUUUCACUUCCUUUUUAAGUUGUUUCCUUUUUUUGUUUUUUGCUCAAUUUAUGUUAAGUCGUAAUAAUCAACAUUAUUUCAUCAUUUGUAAUUUAGUUGUCAUAUUUACAGACUCGAUCGAUUUGUAAGAUCUUCAUCCUAAUUUUUUUAUCAGAACGUGGCUUCUCAAUAAGUAGAGGUCUUAGUAAACGGGUUUUCCCCCUUUUUUCCUAUUUUCCUUCUACAUUCAAAGGAGCAAAAAUGAGUUGACAUUUCUUAAUAAGGGCAUAUCAGAAUUUAUAAGGAUUACCUACUAUCUAUAUCAUGACAAAAUUUGUAUUUAUGUAUUUUCAUGGCAAACCAUGGUAAAAGUGUACACUAACAUGAAAAGACGUUUCCUUUUUUCCAAGUCAUGACCACAUAUACAUGGUUUCCUAGAGAGUUUUCUCUUACUGAAAUCCAGCUUACAGUCGUCCAGUAUUACAUGUUGAUGGUAUUGUUUCUUAAUUUUAUUUUCUGUUUAGCUAGAUAGUUAAAGUAACUGUAAUUUUGUGCAAUGUAUUUCCAUUCCUUUAGAUUGUUCAAAUAAUUUAUUUACCCAUUGGUUAUUUUUUUAGUUUUGAUCCGAAUAAUUCCUUUCGAUCAAGAUUUACCUCGCUUUUAGACAUGGUUCACUUAAACGCAUUCAUCAACAAUUUCUACCUCUGUAAUAGAUUGUUAAAUCAAUGUUAAUGUACAUAGGUCUUUGUAAAUAUUAUUAUUUUUGUUUAAAAUUUUAAUCUAGAAUUAAUCAUACAACUAUUGCGAGUCAAUGAUUGGAAAUACAUCCGGUUUGUGCUCAUUUUUUAUAAUUUUUCUCAGUGCGUGAUGAAAAGUUUUCAAAUGGUGUAUCUUUGCUUUGAAAGUCUCUGGUUGCCAAAAUGACGAAAUUAAAAUAGGAAGUGAGUCAAUUGUGAAAUGAUGAGCACUUGAGCAUUUUGAAAAAAAGAAGAGAUACUAAUUGAACUGAGCCGUUUGUACUUAAUUCAUUCUGAGCGUUUACAAGAAAUCUUCAGUAAUACUAUCAGUUACUCAUUGUCUUUUUGUAAUAAGCUACUCACGUAGGUUUUCAUUCUCUUCAAUCAUUAGGCACGUGUUAUAUGGAUGGCUCAGGUACAUUGUUCCUUAUGGAUGUUCUUUUUGUCAUUUUGCAUUUUGAAUUACGAUACAAAACAUUUUUUACGAAUCGUCUGCUAAAAAUGAGUUUAUUAUACCUAAUUAGUGAUAUUUCAAGAAUCGGUGAUCUUAAAAAGCAAGCCUUCGUGGAUCCUUAAAUUUUACCCUAAACGGUGAUCCUUGUCAUGGGCGAGUCUCUCGAAAACUGCAGUUGAUCUUUUCAAUAUUAACUUACGCUUCAGGCUUCAAGGAGCGCAAUGUAAAAAAUGAAAUGCUAUGUUAUAAAAAUUGUUACGUUUUUUCUCUCUGCUGAAAAAAGUUCAGCCCUAUAACUCGUUUUAAGAAGAUCAACUUUAGACUUUAGAACUUAGUUUCGUGCGAGGAGAUGUAAAGAGGCACUAAAUGCACCUAACGCCGAAAAAAAUGAAGUUGAUUCAACAAUUUAGAUGUAAGAAAAAUGUCCGAGAACUUAAAAAAGUUAGUUAUACAUCUUGGCAUUGAUUAAGUAACUGCUGCAUCGGGUAAUUCAGGAUUUUAUAAGUUCUCGCACACUUUUCUUACAUCCAGAACGUUCAAUUAACUUCGCUUUUUUUCGGUGAGUACCUACCGUGUGCUUUCAGGGAACCGUGGAAAACGAAUCGUUGUUUCAAAAAUUAUUAUUGGUGACGAUAGAGAUUGAAAGAAAUUAUUUUUGCAGCAACGAUUUAUUUUCUUCAGGGGCCUUGAUCUCUUAAAACGGUCAUUCUUUCACCACUAUUUUACGACUUCAACAUUUUUGUUCAGGCUCAGAUUUUUUCUUUUCUUCCGAGAGAAUAUUUUAAAACACUGACCGUUCUCAUGCGCACUAUUUAACACGAAAAUCUCUCCAGAACUCUCCAGCUUGUGUUGAAUGUCUAUGAAAUAGCGAAAUCAAACUUGUUUUCUCCUUCGAAUAAUGUGAAUUAGAUUUUUGCAUAUCAUUCCACGAUCAAAGACUUGUCCAUUGGCCGUCAACUGUAACCUUUCCUACAUAGAUCGUGCAAACGUCAAUACGUCAGAAAGCCAUUGACUUCAUUCUGUCUUAAGACAGUUCCUCAAGUUUCAUUUGUAACAUUUUUUUUUUCCUCGAUUGAAUUGUUACUCCAUAUAAUGACAAAAGCCCAUUUUGCCUUCCAUAAUUUCCUUUAUUUGUAUACAAAAUGUAAUAAUAGUAAGUAAUUUGGUGACAAAACCCAUUUAGACGUGUCAUAAGGCCCUCCUCUCUUUCUUUCACAGUCGCUACCUCAGUAGUUUAAUUUGUUGAACAGUCGUGAUCGUGUAAAAAUGUACAUAUCUUUAUUUUUUAUCGUUUUAUUGUAUUUUUGUCUUAAGUCAUACCGCAGCUAAUCAGGACAAAACUCCUUUUCUCCCUCAUCUAUAAAUAAUGUACUCUGAAUUUUGCGAGGAAGUGAUAAUUUUCUUAAUCAAAAUUUCUCUACGUUAACUGUAGUUCUUCCUCUUAAAGUGAACUCACCAGUAUUAUUGCAGUAUUUUUCCUCCAGUAAAUAUUUCUCAACUCCUUAUCAUUGCUGUAUCGGUCUUUAAUUUUAGAGUAUGAAUCCAUCAAAAAAAUGUAAAAAAAUCGAUUUUGUGCAUCUCACGUGCAGGAAAAUUUACCAGUAUCUCAAAUCUUGCCAUUUUUUCUACUAAGACUCCAACCCGUGAGAAAUAAUCAAAUUUGUUGUUUUCACGUAAGUACUUACCGUGUUACUUAGACCCUCAAUGUUAGGUGUUUUAUUCUCAUUUUUAGAAAAUAACCACGCGUUAAUUUUUUUCUUUCUUUUUUUAGUAGGAUCAAUGUUCCUGUUAAUCUCAUUUUUAUUGUUUUUAUUAUUAUUGUCUUUAUCAUUAUUUUUCUUUUUUCAAUUUUGUAUCAAAGUAAAUGUUUCUCUUUUGUAUCAUUAUUUUACGAUUCAGUAUUUGUUUUAUGUUUCUUGUAAAUAGGUUCAAAAUGAAAAAAAAAAUUAAAGUACAAAUGAAUCAUA